AUGUCCAUCACGUCGUUCGAAGGCCCCUUUCCGACCGAGUACUCUGCCCCGGCCGAUUGCUCCCACAUUACGGGCAACUCGAUUUUCGGCUUCGACUUUGCAUCGUCAUGCUUGCCCGACGACUUCAAUCCCGACCCUCAAGCAUACUACUCGCCAGGCACUGGCUGCCCGAGAGGCUACACCGCACAUGAAGACUGCACCCGGUCCAGCGGAGGGACAACGACGGUGACGUGCUGCCCGUCUCGCGGCGACAUAGAGCUAUGGUGUGUAUCCGAACCGAGCUCUCUGGUUGGGCCGUGGGAGUCCAUGCAGUGUACCUGGAGUGCGGGCGACACGCAGACUGUGCUUCUGGUAACGACAGAUGACGGAGCAACAGUGGCCGUCACAAUGACGGGCGGUGAUGGGAUCAACGCCUACGGGUUGAGAAUGGUGUAUGAGGCUAGUGAUCUGGAGGAAACGACGGCAACAACGACAGAGGCCAGCUCGACUGAGCAGCGCGGUUCUUCCACACCACAACCGACGGAUGGGGACACUGACGGAGUGGAUGGCAACGUCGGUGAGAGCUCGGACAAGGGCUCGAACAACACUGUCACCAUUGCAGUAGCAGUUGUCGUACCUGUGGUUCUCCUUGCAUUGGGCAUCGCCUUCUUCCUGUGGUACCGGAGGCGCAGGCUAGCUCAGAAUGCCAAGUUACCUGCUGCCGAUUCGGGGCCUGACAUGGGUCAGCAAUGGCCGUAUCAUGCUGGGAACAAUGCUGGAUCCCAAUAUGCCGCGGAUGGAAGCUUCAGCACUAGCCCAGCGCAACCAAGUGCUUACCCCACGUCCAACCACAUCUACCAACCGAAUGAAUUGACAGGCGACAAUGGGCACUCUCCUUCUCAGAUUCAGCCUGGCUGGUCUCAACAGGCACAACCGCCUAGGGUGUACGAGAUGAUGGCUGCUCCGCCGGCCAGCGAGCUUCAAGGCGAUGAACCGCGCGGCUCAUUUGAACUAAAAAAGACACAUGGCACGGCUGUGUCGGUUCAAAGUCUCCCUGGGGAGGCUGGGGAGGCUAGUUUCGGUCCUUAUGGUGAUAAUUUCUCGCACAAGGAGUCGCAAGCGUAUCCGAACCAUGGGCGCCUGUCAUGA